AUGGUACUUGAUUUGAUGGAAACUGACUUACAUCAAAUUAUACACAGUCGACAGGAUCUUACCAAUCAACAUUAUCAAUAUUUUUUAUAUCAGAUAUUACGUGGAUUAAAGUAUUUACAUUCGGUUGAUAUAGUGCAUCGUGAUUUAAAACCAUCAAAUUUAUUGGUAAACAGUGAUUGUUUACUGAAAAUAGGCGAUUUUGGGAUGGCUCGAUUGAUUGAACAACGAUUGGAUGAUCAAAAUGCUUUAUUAAAUGAUAAUUAUAUGACCCAAUAUGUUUCAACAAGAUGGUAUAGAGCACCUGAGCUGCUUUUUUCACUCAUUGAUUAUGACACAAAAGUGGACAUUUGGUCAGCUGGUUGCAUAUUCGCUGAAAUGCUUCUUCGUCGGCAGUUGUUUCCGGGGAAAGAUGCCGGAAGUCAAGUUAAAAUUAUCGUUUACUAUUUAGGUACACCGGAAAAGGAUGUAAUGGAACGUAUUAGUUCAAAUCUCAUUAUUCG